CACGCCGGCCGAAGGGGCCAGAAUUGCGUCUCGAUGCGUCCCACGGCAGUGCUCGUCAUUAGCGUUGUUUCCGCUUUUUCUGCGCCUGGCCGAAUGCGCCGCACCGAUUUUCUAGCAUCACUCCAAAAUACAAUGGUUAUGGACGCAAGGGUCUACUUGACCAAGAAAGACCGAUACGCAGGGACGCGGAAGGACGCGGCACUAUCCAAAAAGUACCACAGGGCGCCCCUCUUUCGUGGAGGAUUCACCCUGUGUGCGCUUGCGGCUGCAGCGCCGUGUGUAGCUGCGAUGGGCCUCCCCAAUUCAGGGAGCAGUGGUAUCUCGAAUGUGCGUGUAGCGCCUCGGGUGAUGGGAUGGGGUGUGCUCUUUGUACUGGCCUCGGCAGUGCAUGCGGCAGAGAUAGCCAUCACAACGCUAUGGCCUUGGAAGGUGCGCGAAUUUGCGGAGGAGGAGGGCAAAGACUCGCCGUUCGCGGUCGUAGUGAACGACAUCACCCGAGUGAUGACGACGAUGCUGGUCGCGUCGACAGUUUGCACUGUCUGUGGCACGACACUAGCGACUAGCGCGCUAGGAGCCUGCUUUGGCCACAGCCCACAACGGUUGACGGUUGCUGGGCUCGGUUUCGCGGCAGUGACAAUAUUCUUCGGCGAGCUCCUGCCUAAGACACUGGGUGUGCAGAACGCAGAGCCAAUCGCGCGGUUCGCUUUACCAUACAUCCGCACACUUGCGGUCUUUCUCGCGCCCGUUGGACGCGCCUUCUCCUUUGGGGUCAAAGAAAUCUUACGACCUCUUGGCCUGGAAUAUGAGGGUCACGCCGGCGAUGUGUCGGCAGGUGAGCUGCGCCUCCUUGUCGAAGGUGCGCGCCUGAGCGGUGGUAUCGGGGCUCGCGAAAGCAACAUGGUCAAGGGCGUCCUUGACCUCCAAGUCACCAGGGUUGCCGAAGUGAUGACACCCCGUGUGGAAGUAGUCGCGCUCGACGAUGAGGCCUCGCUCGGAGACGCCCUCGAAGUCAUGACAUCGACAAAAUAUUCACGCCUUCCCACAUUCAACGACGACGUCGAUAAUAUCACGGGCAUACUCCUUGCCAAAUCGCUUAUCCGCUACGCAGAGUUUAAUGCGAUUGAUGGUUCAAACCCCCUUCCCCCUGCCUAUUUCGUACCGGAGUCCAUGAGCGUGUGGGCCGUCCUUGAAGCCAUGCGGCGGCGGCGCUGUCACCUUGCGGUCGUCGUGGAUGAGUAUGGAGGGACAGCGGGCAUUGUCUCCCUGGAAGACAUCCUCGAGGAGAUUGUCGGAGAGAUCUACGAUGAAGAGGAUGCGGAGGAGGGCACAGACGUCGAUGACCGCUCCCUCAUACAGGUUCACGAGUCGCGUGGAGAUUGGACGAAAAAGAAGCCGCUUGACGAUGAAAACUUUGACUGUGUCACGCUUUCUGGGUUCCUCUGUGCCGUUCACGGCGAAAUCCCCCAAAACGGCGAUGUCAUCAUCGACAGUGGCUUCAGAUUCACUGUUGUUCAUAGCGACGCGCGUCGCGUCCGAGAAGUCUUAGCAGAGCGCACUCGCCCCGAUGAGGUCGCCACGCCACACAAAUCUGGGACUGACCUCGGGUGUCUCCCGGCAUAAAAGUCCAGCAUGUGCAGUCGUGCGUGCUCUUAUCGCAGAUGGUGCCGAAAAACAGAGAUCUUUAGAGGCUGCUAUCCAAGGCAGAAGCCGACUCUAGCGGUCGUUAUCACAACACACCCUACAAGCAUGGUUAUUGUAAUUCUAUCUUCCUUCCUCGUCGCGUGCAACUUCUUCACCCCCGCCGGGCGUUGGUCUGUGCAGCUGGUCUGUCCGGCACCGUGGCCAGUCUAGCUUCGGACAGUUGCGGAGGAGGACCGCCACAACCAGCAGAUUUAUUUUGGGCUGCCGGUUGCGAGUUCUACAUGUGCACAACUCGGGUACUACUAAACUCGAAAUACCCGCC